AUGUCACUGUAUGUCACAGAGAGAGAGAGAGGAAGAGAGGGCACUUUUCUCCCAUCUGAACCUCCCAAAUCCAAGGAUCAGGAAAAGCUGGAGGGAUUCUGAAGCGAGGGCAUAAAGCUCUCAGUCUGCUUCUACCGUUGACGAUGGAACUAGACGUGUUAAUUGACCUCCUGCAAACUGGUGACCAGGAAGUGGUACAGAAAGCGUUGCUAGAAUUCAACAAAGAGUAUGCCCAGUGCUUCUUUUUCAAAGAAGAGGAGAGAGAGAGGAGAAAGAGAAUGGGCGAGCUGCUGAUCGAUUUCCUGGGACGGGACCUCCAGCCCUGCAGCCAGCUGGCGAGCCUGCAGGCCGUGCGCAUCCUCUCCCGGGACAAGCACGCCCUGGCGCCCUUCGCCAGCCGCCGGUCCAUGCGCGCGCUGGCGCAGCUGGCCGGCAUCGGGGGCGCGGGGGGCCGUGGGCCCGGCAAGGUCCCCGACGGCGAGGUGGCCUCCGAGGCCUUGAAGUGCCUCUGCAACACCGUCUACAACAGCGAGGCCGCCCAGGCGGCGGCGGGGGAGAUGGGCCUGAUCCACGGGCUGGCCGGGCGCCUGAAGGUGGUGGACGGCGGCGGCGGCGGUGACGGUGACGCGGCGGCGGCGGCGGCGGCGGUUGGCGGGCGGGACGCCAGCUUCUACGCGCUGCGGCUGAUGUUCCUGCUGACGGCGCUGCUCGUCGAGGCGCGGGGGCAGCUGGCCCGCGAGCUCCGCGGAGUGGCCCUGCUGACCGACACCCUGGAGGCCGCGCUGGGCCUGCGCUGGCUGGACGCCUACGAGGUGGCGCCGGACCGGCCGCCGCUGCGCCGAGACCAGACUGACCGGGUGAUGGAGGUCCUGAAAAUCCUCUUCAACAUUACCUUCGACGCCAGCCGGCGGCAAGUGGACGAGGAGGAUGCGGCUCUCUACCGCCACCUGGCAGCCAUUCUGCGCCACUGCUUGCUGAUUGACAGUGACAGCAAGGAGAGGACACAGGAGUUCCACGGCCACACAGUCAACCUCCUGGUCAAUCUGCCCUUGAUGUGCUUGGAUGUUCUCCUCACUCCAAAGGUGGAGCCAGGAUCCGUGGAAUACAUGGGAAUGAACAUGGACACGGUGGAGAUUCUGCUGGACUUCAUGGACAAGAGAUUGGACAGGGGUCUGAAGCUGAGGGAAUCUCUGACCCCAGUCCUCAACCUGCUGACGGAAAGCUCCCGUUACCAUCGAGAGACACGCAAGUUCCUGCGCACAAGGGUCUUACCCCCGUUGCGAGAUGUGAAGAAUCGUCCUGAGGUGGGGGAAGCUCUGCGUAACAAGCUGGUGCGUCUGAUGACACAUGUCAACACUGAUGUGAAACACUGCGCCGCGGAGUUCCUGUUCGUCCUGUGCAAGGAGAACGUAUCCCGUUUUGUGAAAUACACUGGAUACGGGAAUGCAGCUGGGCUGCUGGCAGCUCGAGGACUCCUGGGAGGAGGAAGGGGAGAUGGAAAAUAUUCUGAGGAAGAGGACACAGACACUGAAGAAUACAAGGAGGCAAAACCGAAUAUAAACCCAGUGACAGGACGAGUGGAGGAGAAGCUUCCAAACCCCAUGGAGGGGAUGACGGAUGAGCAGAAAGAAUAUGAAGCCAUGAAACUGGUCAGCAUGUUCGACAAGCUGUCCCGGGAACAAAUUAUCCAACCAAUGGGAGUAGGCUGUGAUGGGAAGCUCACGCCAUUGGACGAGACAAUGCAGCAAAUGGCGGAACAGAUUUCGUUGCACUCAGACUCAGAUAUGGAGUUGGAUUGAAACUAUCUUCAAGAAAUCUGCCACAAGGAUCAAUCUUCCAUGACGUUCUUCCAUCCACAGCCCCACAAGAUUAGCUUUGAAAGCCCAACUGGGUUCCGUUCUGCUUCCUGAGAGUAUCAGUCUUCAGCUGCACAAAGCACAUGCUCCACCCAUUGACCCUUCCUACCAUAGCUUGCUGUGGCUCCCUCAGGCCUCCCGUUCAUUCUCUGUGCUAUUGCUCCCAUUGCUCUCCUGUAAAUAUAUCAGUGUUGGAUUACCUAUUGUCUGAUAUCUGUUAUGCUGCAGCAUCCUGGUGUUCACAAUUUGCAAAGAAGCUGGUCAAUAAAAGAUCCAGAAGACGUGUGUGGUAGCAAUGUUUCAGUACUCUGAUCUUAGACUCUUUUUAAAUUUGUACUGUUGAUGCACAGAGGGUGUAGUGUAUGUUUGGUUAAAUAUAUUCACUUCCUUGCUGUGGAACUUAAUAAACAGUUGCAUUUG